GCAAGUAGCAGGUAGCAACCACCCCAAUGCCCAAUGGCAAUUAUGGCACAAAUAAAUGUUUUCCCGCGGGCUCUGCUUUGGGGCUUCAAAACGCAUCGUUUUGUGAAACCCACCCCCUUUUCCCCGUUUCCAAUUCGUAGCUUGGACAAUCGGAUCCCUUCUUCUCCCUGCCGCGUAGCUAUGGAGAAAGACGAAGGUCGUGGAAGAAGGCUUUCCAUCAAAGACUCUCAACGUCGUCCCCCUUGGCUCCACAAGCUCAGAGAGAACUGCUUCAGAAGAGUGAAAGAAGAGCGAAAUGACUUGCUUUGGAAGAUGAGGUUAUCUGCGGAUCAGUCUUCAACUCAAAAGGAGUUCGUGGAAUCCACUGUUCGGGAAAUCUUUUCUGAUGAACUGCAAAGAUUUAGGACCUCAGCUUUAAGUGGUUGUUCUGAAAUUCCAACUUCCACUGCCAAAGUUGACGAGGACAUGUUAUGGGAAUAUGAUGGUCUUCAUACUGCUUCUCACUUUGAAUGUGAGGAGGUUAUGCUGGAACUACAAAGGAUGUUCUAUGAAGAUAUCAGGAUGAAUCAAACACACAGAGAUGGCUGUAAUGGAACUACAGAAGAAGAAGAUGAGGAUUACCUAGAUCCUGCGAUUUUUGAGAAUUUGCGGCUCGAAGAUGACAAGGGCUGCAAGGAGAUAUGGUGUCCCAUCUGCAAGAAAGGGAAGCUACGGCAGAACAAUCAUCUCAUCUAUUGCACUCUUUGUGAGCUUGGACUUGAAAGAGGUGACCAGGUUAAUUUGGACUGUUUGCAAGUUCGUCUAGGUGAGGCCUACUCAGAGCAUCUUGAUAGAGGCUGUAGGUUUACACCCCAGUUCCAUGUAUAUACCCAAUUCGGCCUAACUGCAUUGUACAUCCAAUGUGAGGCUUGCAAGAUAUUUGAACUCAUUCUAUGACUUUAUUUCCAGAUGUACCUAUUUUAAAGGUUCAGUCUGAAGUCUCAAGCUUGCAGUAUAGCUCUUAUGUAAUAAAAUAUUUUCAAUAAUAUGUUUCCUCUUUUUGCUCCA